AUGGCGAACGUCAGGAAUACAGCUGACAGCAACGAGUUCUUCUUGGAGAGGGAUGCUCCCUCUCGUAUUUACUUCAAUGAGAACUAUACUUGGAUAUUAUUCUCAACUUUUGUGACAACUCUUGCCCAAGAGCGUUUCCAGGCAAAAUUUACUACCGUGGAAAUCUCUACCGACGAGGGUCGAUUUAUCAUUGACCUUUUUGCUUUGGAAGUCAUCAACAAUGCCACUGGGGAUAGGAAGCCAAUUGGCUGGGUUGAUAAGGCUGGGCGCUGUUUCUUCCCACACUCCGUAGCGCGAGAGGUUGAGCUGCCACCUCCUAUUCCCCAACCCGUCGGAAUCCGCCAGCCCUGGAACAUAAAUAAUGUUCGAGAUGCAUUCCUCAAUGGAAUAGAAUAUUAUGCUGAAAUUCAGCAGAUCAAAGUUAGGCCCAUGGAAGGCCACAUGAGGAGCCUCAAGGCUGAGGUAUUCGAACAGGUGGCCGAGAUUGUCAAGCAUUCCAGGGGUGACUCGAACGUUGUCUACGCCUGGGCUGCUACCGAUGCCAACUCCCUAAGGAGUGGUCGGAUCUGUCAAUAUCCCGGCCAAUUUGGCUUAACUGUUUACGGAUUUGGAGCCAUACUCUCAAAUAUUGAGAAUCCCCAUUUCAGCUGCGAGCCAGAUGACGAUGGGAUAAGCCAUGUAAUGUUGUGUCGUGUAGUGCUAGGAGAUGUUGAACAAGUUCCUUCUCCGAACCAACAAUGCAGACCCAGCAAUGACAAAUUUGAUAGUGCUGUCGAUAAUCUCGUCCUUCCGACUCGCUAUAUAGUCUGGUGUUCAAACAUGGUAACUCACAUAUACCCCGAAUAUUUGGUAAGAUUCAAGGUGGAAGGGUUUUACGAUGACACAGAUGAGGCAGAGUCAAUGGAAGAUGAUGAUGUUGAUGAUGAGGAUCAUUCAGAUAUUGGGCGUUUGGAGAUGAGUUCUCAUGAGGCUAAUGCUGAAAUCCCUCGCCAAAACCCUCGAAGGGCCCCCGGAAAUCAACUUGUGCAAGCUCGUGGACUCUUCAAUGCCAUCAUGAGAGAAGUACCUCGCCAAAAAAUGAAUGAGAUUUCUGCUGCUUACAACCAGUACAGGAGGGGGCAAAUUAAUCAAGACCAACUUCUGAGGAACUUAAACAUGGCGGUUGGGGAAGAUCGGCUAAGGGCCCUCAUCCGGAGGUUUUGUGGCUUGCCCAUUAUAGGCAAUGGAAAUGCAGUGCUUCCCUGA